ACCACCUCGUUUUCUCCACUGAACCACUUUGACACUUUAACAGACAAAAACCACCAUCACCACCACCACCACCAGUAGGAGAGCAAGAAAUUCCGGCAACCAUGGCUGCGGCAGCGGCAGCAGCAGCUGCAAUAGGUUCUUGCUUCUCCACCGCUGCUACUACCACUUGUAUUCGUUCAAAACAAGUGGCACUUGAUUUUGUCCUGAAAAUUGGCCAUGUCCGUACUUUACAAGUGGCUUCAGUGUCCCACUCUCACUCCAUUGAAUUCCUCUCAACUGGUGUGAUCUCCCACAAGUGGCGCACACCGAGGUUCUCGGCAGCUGUUGCGCAAGAAGAGUCAGCGACAGUGAUUCAAACGGAGCCAGAAUCAGUGGAGGAGGCAGAGGAUAUAGUUGAUGAGAAGGGAGAGGAUCAGGUGUUAGAUGAAGAGGAAGCUGAUCAAGCUCCUCUAAACACCAAGCUUUACUUCGGUAAUUUGCCUUAUAACUGUGACAGUGCUCAACUUGCUGGAAUUAUCCAAGAUUAUGGAAGUCCAGAGAUGGUUGAGGUGCUUUAUGAUAGGGACACAGGAAGAAGCAGAGGAUUUGCAUUUGUUACAAUGAGCAGUACUGAAGAUGCAAAUGCAGUUGUCAAAAAUCUUGAUGGAAGUAUAUAUGGGGGUCGGACACUUAGGGUGAACUUCUCAGAUAAACCAAGGCCUAGGGAACCCAUGUAUCCUGAAACGGAUUACAAGCUUUUUGUUGGGAACUUAUCAUGGUCAGUCACAUCAGAGAGUUUGUUACAAGUGUUCCAAGAAUAUGGUAAUGUGGUUGGAGCCAGGGUCCUAUACGAUGGAGAAACAGGACGAUCUCGUGGUUAUGGUUUUGUUAGCUACUCAUCCAAGCCGGAGAUGGAUGCUGCUCUUGAAUCUCUCAAUGGAGUGGUACCUCUCUCUCUCUCUCUAGCAUUUAAUCUUGUAUCCAUCACACACCCACAUAAGCAUGCAUGCACAUUUGUCGUAUAUUUUGAACAUGCUUAUAUUGAGUCAAGGUCCAGGCCUACAUGGUGCAAGCUGAAACUUGCAAAGGCUUGUUUGAGUCAAUCUAGGCUAAGGGACUUUUAAGCAGGUUUCUAUUCAAGUCAAAUCUCGGUGCUGUAUAUCUGUAGACCU